CAGUGUGGUUUGUCGUAUUGAUCAUUGUCCCGAAAUCUAUCGUAGAUGGAUUGUCGAUCUACCGUUCAUGUAUAAUUAAUCGAACAGAAUUUUAUACGACAUCGUCGAUCGUCUGCGAACACAAAGGUCUGAUUGUUGUAAGAACGUUCGCACCUUCACCUAGGUCAGGUCGUCGUAUGUUGAUUAAUUUUACGGGUAGGUUGAGGCGGUAGCGCUGCAUACAUCACGCAUAGGAAAUGUUUUAUUUGAGCGGUGUCAGUGCAUCAGAAGGCGAGGCAGCAGCACAAGAGGUUUUGGUGAACAGUACCUAUUCGAAGGACCCUAAUAGCAGCAUGACGCAACACGCAAGCCUAACUCCUGAUCUUGCUGGAUUAGAAGAUACCUUGGAACAAUCAGGGCUGCUCCUGACCAAGAAAAAUGUUGCCAGGGAUGAGGAUUUUAUCAUCGAAGUGCAGGAGGUAUUCAACAAGGGUUAUCUGCCGCUGCAUUCGUUGCUAGCGUUACCCGUAUGUUGGGCGGCGGCGAAGAUUCUACCGGCUCCUAAUCGCCCGCGAAAUAUGGACUUAUUCGACGAGGAAGAUAGUUUGGAUAUCGCCGUCGUCUUGGCUUUUCAGAAGGCUGCCCAAAGCCUUCGCACACCGGCGAUCAUUGAUGUGCAUCGAUGCAGCAGAAUGUCGUUGCCACCCAGGACCGCCGGAGGACAGGCGGAGGAUGCUCUCCUCGUCUUUGCAUGGUCAUGUGAUCAGGAACAGAUCUCACCGGAGAAGUGCGGGACCAUGAGAUACCAACCCACCACGCUCUAGGAGGAGGAAGGAGGAGGAGAAUAUUUGCAUCAUUAUGUCACGAUUCACCCCCAUGAGAAUAUAUGUUCCGUCACAGACACAGCCCCGAUCGACACACGUUUGCCCACCGUCCUCCCGCCUACACCUCAAUGAGCUCAAGCCAAAGCUAAUCACAUUUCCUUCCCUUCGCUGUACCAGCUACAAUGGGCAAAACAGAUCAAGCAAUCAGCAUCUCGCUAGCUAUCAUCUUAGAAUCCUUGGGAUCGCAUCCCCAUCAUGCAUCCUCAUCUCAGGUUGUGAGUAUGUGGAGAAAGAGAAUACCAUGAAACAUCAUCAAUGGAUCCAGUAGUGGGUAAUGAUGAUCAUCAACAUCAAAUAAUCACUUAAAGACACUUCUUGUUUGGGAUGACGUUAGGAAUGCUCUCUCAUCCAUCUACAUCAGUCUCUCUGAUUCUUUCUCUCUCAUCUUCUCUUCUAUCUCUCUCCCUCUCCAGUCUCUCUCUCUCUCUCUCCCUCCCUUUCAUUCUAUCUCUCUCUCUCUCCCACUCCAUCUCUCUAUCUUCUAUCACCUUAUUCCAAACAAUUGUAUGAGAGUACUUCACUGAGAUGUGGUCCUACUUUCAAUCAUCGAUUCUCAGUGAACAUUCUUCAAGCACUCCUGCUUCUCAUAUGAACACUGGCAGACGUGACACCAGAAAUAGACGAAUCUCUAAAAUGGGUCAAAGAGUGAUGAGAAAGAGGAUUGCUUUGGAGCCUCAUCAUCAGCAGCAGCUCUCCUCCUUGAGAAACAGCAAGUUGAUGUCUUGAAAGUCCCCCCCCCCCCUCUCCCCCCUCUCUCUCUCUCUCUCUCUCUCUCUCUCUCUCCCUCUCUCUAUCUCCGCAUCGCUCCGAGGAAUCCUCUUUAGCAUCACUCCCAGGGAAUUGAUAGAAAAUGCAAAUGAAGGAAAGGAGACAUGGCAAAUGGAGUCGUGCCUAGCUCCUCAGGCCAUCAUGAGUCAUCAGGAAGCCCAUCCACAUCACAUCAGCUACCAACAGCACCUGUAUUCCUGCAUCUUUAAAGACACACACCUUAACCCUUAUAGUGCCUUAGAUCAUUCCAACCUCACAAGUAUAUAUCUUAAUAUCAGGGGGGAAAAUACUUUUAAUAUUCAGGGGCUACUUUUCAAGCUUGCUUGCAUGAAAAUAACAUUCUUUAUUUUGUUUUGCAUUGAACUCUAUGCAAUUUGGGGGGCUCUUUUAUGACUUUCAGGGGCUUUUUUUGGCAUUUCGGGGGCUAAUUCGCCCUGAGCCCUGUGUACUUUUUCCCUGUCUUAAUUAGUUUUGUCUAGAUGAAAGAAAAGCUUGCUUUCCCUCUUGAAAUAACAUGGAGUCACAAAGGGCUCUACAUGAACAAGGGUCCGAUGCAGAUAGUCACCAAAAUGGUUUGGGUCUUGAGUUAAAAUUAUUAUUCUGAAUCUCUAAAUUUUAAAUUUUACACAUCAUACAGAACCCUAAAGAUUAGUCAGGGCCCCCUGUGAAAAAAAAAGGUUGGUGUGGAGACCUGGGAUUCAUGAAUGGUGAAGUACCUUGUAGAAUCCUGUUUUCAUGAAGAUGAGCAGUGAAAGAUAACUAUGAUUAUAAACGUGCUUUGUGAAGUCGUACUUGUGGCAAAUGGUUGGAAACUUGCUGGCACUAUAAGGGUUAAGGGAAUUGUCAUGAGGGAGUCGUGUUUGUGAGAAGUCUAUAAAUAAAAGGGGGUUCAUUUUCCCAGAUUGCAUCUUAUCUAAGGAAGAUAUUGAUCUUCUUUUCAUAUGGUAAAUGUACAUGUACUGAGCACUCGAUCACUCGAGAUGAGAAUAUUUCUUUUAUCCCCAGUCUUAUUUUAUCAUGACGUAACUGAUGAUACAGUUGUGUAGGUGUGCAGAAGAUUUGGUUCCACAGAAAAACACUAUAGCUGCAUCAUGUACAAAGUUUUAAAAUGUUUUUAAAAAAUUAAAAUCUUGCUACUGCACAUCCCCAUAUAAAUUGCUACAUGUAAAGUUGUAAACAUUUAUCGGAAUCAUUCCAUCUGUAAAAUAGUAAACACUCACAAAGUUUGGUUCAAUAUACUAUUGCUGGUAUAUUCAAUCAGCUUGAUUUCACUUUUAUUGUAAAAUAUGUAUUAAAAAUGUAAUGGAUUCUCAAACUCCGUAACCCAAACAAUUCAUCAAUGACAGUGUUAUAUGAUGUUACAUUAUUACAUGAUUAUGAAUGUGAUAUACGUUUUUCAGAUGUAAAUAGUGUGUUUCCAAGUUUCAUUUUCUUCACAUGGUCUUUACUUAAGAAUGAUAAAACAACGAUUGCAAACCUCAUGCUGAUAGUGGAAAUAUUAACAUUGUGAAAAGAAAUAUACUUUUUAGGUAUUAUAGUGCACAGUAGAGUAUCAAACAUGUCUUGUAUCAUUUUAUUUAUGAAACAUGUAAUAGUUCCAUUACUAGGGGUGAUGAUGGUAAUAACUCCCAUUAAACGCAUCUGGCCCACA